AUGAGGUUAUCGCAGUGGCAGACGUCGCUGUUACUCUGUUUGGCUUCUCUCUUACCUCGGCCGUUGUUUGCGGCUUCGUCUGCCGCUACCUCCCUGCCCACCUGCACUCCGCAGAAUUCCAUUCCGAUUCACUACCCCAUCCGUAACGUCACUCUGAGCGACAGUACAUUAAGGAGAGGCGCUGCUGUGUCCUUUGGGACUCCCGGACAGCCUUUUGCCUGUCUAAUCAAUCCAACAUACAACAACACAUACCUUAAUGACGGUACAGUCCCCCGCUGCAGCGUCAACAAUACACGGUCGCAAUGCUCCAACCAAUACGGUGGCCUGUUCGACGAGGGGAGUUCGACAACAUGGUCCCCAUCAAAUUUCGCCGCACUAGGGACCGCUGGCGAGAGUACAUCAGAUCAGGAUAACGACACUUGGGGAAGUGAUACUUUGCUCGUUAAUACUACGCUUUCAGUACCAGAUUUUCCAUUGGGAAUCUUUCGAGGCUCAAGAGACUAUCAGAACACCUUAGGACUGGGGCGCAACUCGACCUUGCUAAAUGCUCUUGUCUCAGCCGAAGCUAUAGCUUCCAGGACCUUUUCGAUUUUCCAGGGCUGGACUGGUGCCCAGACUCAGUACCAGACGGACGGAAGUUUGAUACUUGGCGGUUAUGAUUCGGCAAAAAUUACCGGCAAAAAUAUCACGCUACCUCUUACAGUUGAAGAGGAUUGCAUUAACGGCUUGCUCAUUUCCGUGACUGAUAUCAAUAUGAAUUUGAACAAUGGCUCAAAUAUUAGCAUUAUAGGAAAAUCACGGGGAUCGGCCAUGAGAGCCUGUAUUGAACCUGACUACAGUCCCAUGACGCUGUCUGAGGAUAUCUGGUGGGCCUUCACAAACGUCACUGGAGUAGCUGAAACAGGUCGUUCUGUAAGCCCGAUCAAUCUGUGGGGAAUGAUGAUCCCCACGAAUGGAGCAUACGAUGGCGAUCUCACCUUCUCAAUCUACCCAGACCUCGACAUAACAAUUCCCAAUCACCAACUCAUUGUUCCCGAUAUCGAGAUCAACUCUGAAGGACAAGGAUAUCCAUCCAGCUCCACCGAAGUCGAAGUAUUGAUCAACAGUCUCCAAGGCAGCAACACGAACGACAUGCCGCUCUUCGGCAUGCCAUUUCUUAGCUCCGCAUAUCUCAUGGUCGACAACGACCGGCGGCAAUUCACGCUGUCGCAAAGCCAACAGUCUACCACUUCAAACCUCGUCGCCAUCGGCCCGCCCGCGUGCAACACCCCAGCGCCCUCGCAUACACCGCAGCCGUUGCCCUCUAUCCUCGCAAGCCCGACCCCGACGCCAAAGUCCAGCUCUGGCACCCCUAAAGGCGCGAUCGCUGGCGCGGUCGUUGGUGGAUUGGCCAUUAUCGCUAUAUGCAUUGGCGUAUUCUUCGUCCAGAAGAAGCGACGAGCUCAGCGUUUGGCCGGGAUACAGAAGCAAGAGUAUGGGGCCGUGGCAGAGGCGGUCAAGAAUCCGGAGUAUUCGGACAACCAGGUGUGUACGACAUCGGAAAUGUCAUCUCAUAGGCAGCCGCCGCAGGAAAUGCCAUUGGACAGGGAUUCGCGAAAAGGUAUUGCACCUCAUGAGUUGCCAGCCACGUCGAGGCUUCGUCGACCGGGCAGUGCAAUAUGA